GGUGUGUUAUGAUAAUAAUACGCGGGCUUAUAUAACCCUCUGCAUCUCGCAAGAACUUCACAGACUGGCCUUAAUGCAUCCCCGGGCCCGUGUCAGGCUGGGCGGCUGGAGCGGCUAAUAGGAAACCCCGACCCGAGGCGCCGAGACCAGGAGGGAGGGCAGAGGGGGUCAGAGGCCGGGCCUUCCCGGCCCCUUGCGCCCGGAGGUCAGGGAGAUAAGGAACAAUGACUCUCGCCCCCAGAAGGAGGAAGGAAGCCCCGCUCCCACCUUAUCUCUGCUCCUCCGCAAGCUCCCAGUUCCCAGAGCUUGUUCUCCAGAGAAGAUUUUAAAGGCGACUUUUGUGCUGACGGCCAGCCACCAUCAUCUGAGGAAGGUGAAUUUGGCAAAUGACAUGCAGGUUCUCCAAGACAGAAUAAUUGCAGAAAAUCUUCAAAGGAAGAAGUAAAGUAAAUACGAGAAAGAAAAGAAUAACCCAGAACACUGAUUGGGUUCCAGGGAAUGUUACCAGCAUCUUGAUAGUCAAGAAUUUUCAGUUGCGUGUGUGACUGAUUAUUUAAACCAAGCGCUGCUGUUCGCUCCAUACAGACCCCAUCUGCAGAUGUCCUGAAUACCUCUGAGUAUAGCAGUUGAUUAUUCAACCAGGAUACCUAAUUCAAGAGCUGCAGGAACCAGAAGACAGACAUUUUGUCAGUUUUGCGACAUUGGACCAAGCACAAUGAAGUAUUCUUGCUGUGCUCUGGUUUUGGCUGUGCUGGGCACACAGCUACUGGGGAGCCUCGGUUCAACCAUCAGAUCCCCGAGGUUCAGAGGCCGGAUACAGCAGGAGCGGAAAAACAUCCGACCCAACAUCAUUCUCGUGCUCACUGAUGAUCAAGACGUGGAGUUGGGGUCCCUGCAAGUCAUGAACAAAACCAGAAAGAUUAUGGAGCGCGAGGGGGCCACCUUCACCAACGCCUUCGUGACGACGCCCAUGUGCUGCCCGUCCCGCUCGUCUAUGCUCACGGGCAAGUACGUGCACAACCACAACACCUACACCAACAAUGAGAACUGCUCCUCGCCCCCCUGGCAGGCAGUGCACGAGCCGCGGACUUUUGCUGUCUAUCUGAACAGCACCGGCUACAGAACAGCCUUUUUUGGAAAAUACCUCAAUGAAUAUAAUGGCAGCUACAUCCCUCCUGGGUGGCGAGAAUGGCUUGGAUUAAUCAAGAAUUCUCGUUUCUAUAAUUACACUGUUUGUCGCAAUGGCAUCAAAGAAAAGCAUGGAUUUGAUUAUGCAAAGGACUACUUCACAGACUUAAUCACUAACGAGAGCAUUAAUUACUUCAAAAUGUCUAAGAGAAUGUAUCCCCAUAGGCCCAUUAUGAUGGUCAUCAGCCACGCGGCGCCCCACGGCCCCGAGGACUCAGCCCCACAGUUUUCAAAACUGUACCCCAAUGCUUCCCAACACAUAACUCCUAGUUAUAAUUAUGCACCAAAUAUGGACAAACACUGGAUAAUGCAGUACACGGGACCCAUGCUGCCCAUCCACAUGGAAUUCACAAACGUUCUACAUCGCAAACGGCUUCAGACUUUGAUGUCAGUGGAUGACUCUGUGGAAAGGCUGUAUAAUAUGCUUGUGGAAACGGGGGAGCUGGAGAACACUUACAUCAUCUACACUGCCGACCACGGUUACCAUAUCGGGCAGUUUGGACUGGUCAAGGGGAAAUCCAUGCCAUAUGACUUUGAUAUCCGUGUGCCUUUCUUUAUUCGUGGUCCAAGUGUAGAACCAGGAUCGAUAGUCCCACAGAUUGUUCUAAACAUUGACCUGGCCCCUACCAUCCUGGACAUUGCUGGGCUCGACGCACCUCCUGACAUAGACGGCAAGUCUGUCCUCAAACUCCUGGACCAGGAAAAGCCAGGUAACAGGUUUCGAACAAACAAGAAGGCCAAAAUUUGGCGUGAUACAUUCCUCGUGGAAAGAGGGAAAUUGCUACGUAAGAAGGAAGAAUCCAACAAGAAUAUCCAACAGUCCAAUCACUUGCCCAAAUAUGAGAGGGUCAAAGAACUGUGCCAGCAGGCCAGGUACCAGACAGCCUGUGAACAACCUGGGCAGAAGUGGCGGUGUGUCGAGGACGCGUCUGGCAAGCUUCGGAUUCACAAGUGCAAGGGGUCUGGUGACCUGCUUGCCGUCCGGCACAGCACGAGGCCCCUCUUCUCUCGCAGCUUCCACGACAAUGACAAAGAGUGCAAUUGUGGAGAUGCCGGUUAUCGGGCCAGCAGAAGCCAGAGAAAGAGUCAGAGGCAGUACCUAAGGAACCAGGGGACCCCGAAGUACAAGCCCAGAUUUGUCCAUACCCGGCAGACGCGCUCCUUGUCAGUCGAAUUUGAAGGCGAAAUAUAUGACAUAAACCUGGAAGAAGAAGAACUGCAAGUCCUGCGACCACGAAACAUUGCCAGGCGUCACGAUGAAGGUCGCCAAGGGCCCAGAGGCCGCCAGGCCACCAGCGGCGGUGAUGGGGACGCGAUGCUGGCCGACAGCGGCAAUGCCGUGGGCCUGCCCGCCACUGUCCGAGUGACGCACAAAUGCUUUAUUCUUCCAAAUGAUACAAUCCAUUGUGAGAGAGAACUUUAUCAAUCAGCCAGAGCCUGGAAGGACCACAAGGCGUACAUUGAUAAAGAGAUUGAAGCUUUGCAAGAUAAAAUUAAGAAUUUAAGAGAGGUGAGAGGACAUCUAAAGAGAAGGAAACCUGAGGAGUGUGGCUGCAGUAAACAGAGCUAUUACAACAAAGAGAAAGGUGUGGAAAAGCAAGAGAAAUUAAAGAGCCACCUUCACCCAUUCAAAGAAGCCGCUCAAGAAGUAGACAGCAAACUGCAGCUUUUCAAGGAGAACCGCAGGAGGAAGAAAGAGAGGAAGGAGAAGAAACGGCAGCGGAAGGGUGAGGAGUGCAGCCUUCCUGGCCUCACCUGCUUCACGCAUGACAACAACCACUGGCAGACGGCGCCGUUCUGGAACCUGGGCUCUUUCUGUGCUUGCACGAGUUCUAACAAUAACACCUACUGGUGUUUGCGGACAGUUAACGACACGCAUAAUUUUCUCUUCUGUGAGUUCGCCACUGGCUUUUUGGAGUAUUUUGAUAUGAAUACUGAUCCUUAUCAGCUCACAAAUACCGUGCACACAAUAGAACGGGGCGUUUUGAAUCAGCUACACAUGCAGCUGAUGGAGCUCAGGAGCUGUCAAGGGUAUAAGCAGUGCAACCCAAGACCUAAGGGCCUAGAAGUUGGAAAUAAAGAUGGAGGAAGCUAUGACCUGCACAGAGGACAGUUAUGGGACGGAUGGGAAGGUUAGUCAGCCCAGUCUCACUGCAGACGUCAACUGGCAAGGCCUGGAGGAUCUAUACAGUGUGAAUGGAAGCAUCUACGAGGACAGACCGAACUAUAGACUUAGUCUGGUUGACUGGACUAAUUAC